AUGGUCCCGGACACAAGUACCAACCCCGGACACAAGUACCAACCCCGGACACAAGUACCAACCCCGGACACAAGUACCAACCCCGGACACAAGUACCAACCCCGGACACAAGUACCAACCCCGGACACAAGUACCAACCCCGGACACAAGUACCAACCCCGGACACAAGUACCAACCCCGGACACAAGUACCAACCCCGGACACAAGUACCAACCCUGGACACAAGUACCAACCCCGGACACAAGUACCAACCCCGGACACAAGUACCAACCCCGGACACAAGUACCAACCCCGGACACAAGUACCAACCCCGGACACAAGUACCAACCCCGGACACAAGUACCAACCUCGGACACAAGUACCAACCCCGGACACAAGUACCAACCUCGGACACAAGUACAACCUCGGACACAAGUACCAACCCCGGACACAAGUACCAACCUCGGACACAAGUACCAACCCCGGACACAAGUACCAACCUCGGACACAAGUACCACCUCGGACACAAGUACCAACCCGGACACAAGUACCAACCUCGGACACAAGUACCAACCCCGGACACAAGUACCACCUCGGACACAAGUACCAACCCCGGACACAAGUACCAACCUCGGACACAAGUACCAACCUCGGACACAAGUACCAACCUCGGACACAAGUACCAACCUCGGACACAAGUACCAACCCCGGACACAAGUACCAACCCCGGACACAAGUACCAACCCCGGACACAAGUACCAACCCCGGACACAAGUACCAACCCCGGACACAAGUACCAACCCCGGACACAAGUACCAACCCCGGACACAAGUACCAACCCCGGACACAAGUACCAACCCCGGACACAAGUACCAACCCCGGACACAAAUAACAAUCCAAUACACAUGCCAUAACCUGGACACAUGUAAUAAUCGUGGACACAUGAAAUGA